AAUUGCACUUUGCUAUUAUUGCUAACGCUGCUCAAUUUUGUUUUUUCAGUGUAAGUUAAGUUAGGUUGUAGUGGGAGCAUGGCGCAUGAUAAAGCUCAACCCGCGUUUUGCCUCGGGGCAAACACGUUGUCCGUUCCCAUGAGUUUAUUCGCCGACAAUCGUAAGCGGUUAUGCAACAAACUACGAACAAUCGAUGUUCCAGAACAUUCCAUUGUUUUACUCCAAGGAGGGCAACAACAACAGCAAGAUUCUACCGAUCGUGACAUCACAUUCAGACAGGAAUCCUUCUUCCAAUGGUGUUUCGGUGUCAGCGAACCAGACUGCUUCGGUGCGAUUGACGUCACAUCCGGCAGAUCCGUUCUCUUCGUACCAAAGCUGCCUGUUGAAUACCGGGUGUGGAUGGGGGAGAUAUUUCCACCAAGUCACUUCCAAGCUAAAUAUCGGGUUGAUGACGUCAUGUUUGUUAAUGACAUCGCUACAAUCUUGAAAGAAAUGAAAGCUGGAACAUUACUUACUUUGAGUGGAUUAAACACCGAUAGUGGUCUCACCACGAGGGAAGCAGCAUUUGAUGGAAUUAGCAGUUUCAAAGUUGACAACAAACUGCUUCACCCGGUGAUCAGUGAGUGCCGUGUGAUCAAGUCCGAACAAGAACUUGAGGUUUUGCGAUACGUCAACCGCGUCAGUAGCGAAGCGCAUAAAGAGAUCAUGCGACGUAUACGCCCGGGGUGGAUGGAAUACCAGGCUGAAAGCUUAUUCAAGCACCACGUAUACACCCACGGAGGUUGCAGACAUGUUGCGUACACGUGUAUCGGCGCGACCGGUGACCAUUGCGCUGUGUUACAUUACGGGCACGCGGGGGCUCCUAAUGAUCGGCUGAUACAGGAUGGUGACAUGUGUUUAUUCGACAUGGGUGGGGAAUACUAUUGUUACGCGAGCGACAUCACUUGUUCAUACCCCGUCAACGGAAAGUUUACGAACGACCAGAAGUUGAUCUACAACGCUGUGUUGAAAGCUAACAGGGCCGUGCAGAAGGCUUUGAAGCCGGGUGUAUCAUGGGUUGAUAUGCACCUGCUUGCCGAUCGUGUGCAACUUGAAGAGUUAGUGAAGAUGGGAUUGUUGCACGGUGAUGUUGAUGCCAUGAUGGAUGUUCGCCUCGGUGCCGUGUUCAUGCCCCACGGCCUCGGACACUUCAUGGGGCACGACGUGCACGAUGUGGGGGGAUACCCUGAGGAAGGACCAACACGCCGAACCGAACCAGGUUUGAAAAGUUUGCGCACGGCUCGUACGAUGCAGGAGGGGAUGGUGCUGACCAUCGAACCCGGGAUUUAUUUCAACUGGCCGAUCAUACAAGAUGCUUUAAACAAUCCCCAAUUGUCGUGUUUCAUCAACGCACAAGAAAUACAGAGAUUUCAAAACUUUGGAGGGGUUCGCAUUGAAGAUGACAUCGCGAUAACAAGCGAGGGGAUGGAAAUGUUGACGUGCGUGCCACGUGACGUCGAUGCCAUCGAACAACUCAUGCGUGAAGGACGGGAGAGCGAAGACGUAUCAUUGGCUGGCACCUUGUUACCCAGUGUUAAGCAAUAAUAACAACUUUACAUCUGGCAACACUGGAAAAUCUUGUAAUUCAUCUGGCAACACUGGAAACACUUGUAAUUCAUCUGGAAACACUGAACAAACUUUUAAUUCUUCUGGAAACACUGGACAAACUUGUAAUUUAUCUGGCAACACUGGACAAACUUGUAAUUCAUCUGGCAACACUGUAAUUCAUCUGGCAACACUGGCUUCAAUCACCUGACACUUGUGCCAUACAAUAAUUAUAAACCACUUGCAUAAGUGAACGAAAUACAUUUCAACAAAGAUUUUAUUUUAAAUUGAUGUAAAUACCUCCUACUGAUUGUUGCAUUCAUUCAUUUAUGUGUAAAAUAUUACGAUUCAGUAUUUCAUCGAUAUGUUACUGAAAUACAUGUUCAUGAAACCGCAAUAAACUUUAAAUUGUGCAAUGAA